AAUUUUCUCUCUAAUUUUGACAGGCUGCGGCUGCCUUCAUCUUGGCAAAAACGUGAAACCCUAACCCUGUCGCAAAGUUUUCAAACAAAUAGAAAAAUGUGUGCUUAACGCCGAACAUUACUCUUCGCCCGCCGAAACAUGGACUUAAAAUAGUGGUUCGUAGUCGAGAAUCGCAUCAGCAUGGCGUACUACGACACGUACAAUGUACAAUUUCUGGACCUCAGUGGUGUUGAUGAAGAGGAGCAGAAAUGGAUCCUCACAUCAUUACAGGGCAGUUAUCCCUGUGUUGAGGGUCCAUGGUCAAAGGAGAUUGAAGAGAUAGAACAUACACAAUCACCACAACCUGAAUGUACAAUUCAAACAAACAUAAACAAUGGCAUGCCACCAAUGUCGUACGAGCAGUAUCCAUCGCCGCCAAUGCUCAUAUCGAACCAUGUGAGUCCGAUUUCGGCGCAGGUCUACCCACAAUCAUACCAGGCCACCAUCCCCAUGUACCCAUCGGCGUUCGUGCCGCAGGUACAGUACGGCACGCCAAUCAUGCCGAUGGUGCAAGUGAAUGCACCGAUGAUGUCUUUCGGCGGGCAACCGGUCACCUACGCCACAUACCCGUCGCCCAUUCAAGCCAAUCCCAUUUACAACAUGCCGCCAGGCCCACAAGUCGUCAAGGACUCUGCCAACAAGAUCAAUAUGAACCCACACCAAUAUCACCACAACCGCCAUCAUAACGAUCAUCAUCAACAACAGCAGGAAUAUUGCGCCCCUGUGCGACUACCCCAACAACAUGCGCCAAUGCCAGUUCAACAACCACAACCAGUCAUCCCAGCAAACAUUCAGCAAUCAGCGGCAAACAGUAAUGAACGAGUUGCAAAAGCUUCGCAAAUACAAUCACAACCUCAGGCGCAACCAGUUCAACAACAGGUUCAGGUUCAACAACAACAAUCAGCUCCGAUUACGAAUGGGCCCGUAAGAAAUCCAUCUCCGAUUGAACCGGCCAAUAACAAAGUUGUAUCGCCAUCAACGAAUCAAAUUCCGCCUGUUGUGACUAACGGCCAUGAUGCCGUACCUGUUCAAGCGAAUGGAAUCGGAAGCAAUGCGGCGUCACCAACAAACACGGAAACAAUCAGUGCGCCAAGCGAGACACAAAUUAGUCCAAGCACGAUGAGUGAUAAUGCUGCCCCAGCCAAUAACUCUACUGCAAGCACUGAAACAAAUGCUAGCAGUGGAAGCGCUGGUAUGUCUUGGGCUGGUCUUUUUAAUAAGAAAAACAAUACCGAUCAUUCCGAGCGAGUGGAAACAAAAAAUCAGAACAAUUUGAAUUCUAUCAAUGCAUUGCCAUCCAAUAAUAAUACCGAAAGUGUGACCGUUGUGGAGGAGAAUCGCAAAAAGUCACCGCUGGCUGAAAUUCGUGACCCGAAUUAUUAUCGCAUGGGAGAGGUAUUGGUGAAUUACACACCCGACAAUAAAAUAACCAGCCUGCAACCGCGUGGUCUCAUCAACCGGAGUAAUUACUGCUACAUCAAUUCAAUAUUGCAGGCAUUGUUGGCGUGUCCGCCAAUGUACAACUUGCUGCAUGCGCUUGGACAGAAUGUUACAAACGAAUACAGAAAGCACACUCAUAUAAUUGACAAUUUGGUGAAGUUUGUUAAAGAGUUUAAUCUCUUGCCUGCGGCGCAACGCGUUGGCCGACGAUCGGAAAAAGUGCAGAAAAAAGAACAAAAUGUUGUGGUGACUUAUGAUCGCCCGUUCGAACCGAACUGGAUCUACAAAAUGCUUAACGGCAUGCAAAGCGAUUCGUUCGUAGUCGAAGGUCGUCAGGAGGACGCCGAGGAGUUCCUCGGUUGUUUACUGAACGGACUAAAUGAUGAAAUGUUAGAGUUAAUGAAAUUGGUGGGCCCCAAAGUCAACAGUGUGCCAGAGCCAGCGCAAGAAGAUGAAUGCAAGUCAGAGGAUAACGAUUGGCAGGUUAUCGGACCAAAGAACAAGGGUUGCAUAACUAGGCGCACGGAAAUCGUACGCACGCCAAUCAGCGACAUUUUCGGCGGGCACAUUCGCUCGAAACUACUUCGUACUGGUGACUUGAUCACUAAUAAUAUUCAACCGUUUUUCACCUUACAGUUGAACAUUGAAAAAGUGAAUACCGUUCGUGAAGCCCUAGAAGCGCUCGUAUGCAAAAAUCAAUUGGAGGGAGUAACUUCAUCGAAAACAAAUGAGGAAGUGGAGGCGUGGCAACAAGUCACCAUUGAAGAAUUACCCGUCGUGUUGAUCCUGCAUUUGAAGUGUUUCGAUUUCAAAAUGGAUGGCUGUACAAAAAUUGUUAAAGCAUUGGAAUUUCCAGUCGAUUUAAAAAUUGAUGCGAAAUUGUUAUCACAAAAAAUGAAUUAUCAACCAAAAGAAAAACAGUACAAGCUGUUUGCGGUUGUAUACCACGAUGGAAAGGAGGCGACCAAAGGCCACUAUCUUACUGACGCCUAUCAUGUCGGAUACGCAAGCUGGCUGCGUUUCGACGAUUCGUCGGUGAAGACCGUGCAGGAGGAGCAAGUACUGAAGCCGCAUGGUACGCGCGUGCCGUAUCUCUUAUUUUACCGGCGCUGUGAUACGGUGCGCAACAAGUGAUUCAGCUGCUAACCACUAAGUAAGACGGAAGGUCGAUGUGACUGUGACCAUCGACGUCCAUAAAGGCUGACAAAACUAGAUUUAACGACGGCGUAGUUAGUUAGGAGUGGAGGCGAUGCACGCGUUUCCGAUUUGUUUUUAGCAAAUUGACAUAGUUUUGAUUGCGUCUCCGCCUCACGAUUGUUAAUAUAUUACUUCAUUCUGCUCAUUGAUUCAAUUGUUUAGCUCGCUGCAUUAUGCUGUCAGUAUCAGUGCGUGCAAGUCGAUCAUUCCUUCUUUUGUUUUUUAAAUCUUGAAAUAUUAAUUUCUUUGUUUUGAUGGAUUGUAAAUACGAUUUUUAACACACAAUUCUGCAUAUUAUUUUCUAAACAUUGUAAACACGAUUUUUAAGAAAUUAUUUAAUUGUCAUUUUAGAUGAGGAUUACUAAUUUAUAUAAUGAGAUAGUGACUAGUUAUUAAACUGCAUAGAUACCACCGGUGCAAAUGUGAAUAAAUAAAUAAAAACGUUGUACAAAAGUAAAAAAAAAGAAAUAAUUAUGCACGCAAGCAAAGUAACGGCGAAUUAAACCAGAAUGAUUAACUAUUUAUAAAAAAAGGUAUAUUAUAUUGUUAAUAUUAUUAAAUGUCAGUCCAGUCAGAAGUUAUUAUUAUGAUAGGCAUUGAAUUGAAAACGAGGAGAUGGGAGCGGUACCACUGAGCGUGUGUGUGAAGAUAACACCUGUAUCUUAUGUAACAUUAAUAUGUAAAUUUUUGAAGUACGACGUGAAGAUGUUCCCUAUACUAUUAUUAUUAUAUUACUAACUUUGUUAAAUAGAUUUAAAUAUAAAUAAAUUUAAAUAAUAUUUGUA